UAUUAUGGAGACAUCGCCCUGGGAACCCCCCCUCAGACGUUCAGUGUGGUGUUUGACACGGGUUCCUCCAACCUGUGGGUUCCCUCGGUUCACUGCUCCAUCCUGGACAUUGCGUGCUGGCUGCACCACAAGUAUAACUCUGCUAAGUCCAGCACUUACGUGAAGAACGGCACCACCUUCGCCAUCCAGUAUGGAUCUGGCAGCUUGUCGGGCUUCCUCAGUCAGGACACGUGCACAAUCGGAGACUUGACGGUGGAAAAGCAGGUUUUCGGAGAAGCCACCAAACAGCCCGGUGUGGCUUUUAUCGCAGCCAAGUUUGACGGGAUCCUCGGCAUGGCCUACCCGCGCAUCUCUGUGGACGGCGUGGCGCCGGUCUUUGACAACAUCAUGAGCCAGAAGAAGGUGGAGGAGAACGUCUUCUCCUUCUACCUGAACAGAAAUCCAGACAUGGCGCCCGGCGGCGAGCUGCUGCUGGGAGGAACCGACCCAAAAUACUACAGUGGUGACUUCAACUAUGUCAACGUCACCCGGCAGGCGUACUGGCAGAUCCACAUGGACGGGAUGGGGGUGGGCAGUCAGCUGACUCUGUGUAAGGACGGCUGCGAGGCCAUCGUGGACACGGGGACGUCUCUGAUCACCGGCCCCUCCGCUGAGGUCAAGGCCCUGCAGAAAGCCAUCGGAGCCGUUCCACUCAUCCAGGGAGAG